GAUGUGAACAGGUGUAUUGAGGCUCUUGAUGAGCUUGCAUCCCUUCAGGUCACUAUGCAGCAAGCUCAGAAACAUACAGAGAUGAUUCUGACCCUAAAGAAGAUACGGAAAUUCAAAGUUAGCCAGGUUAUCAUGGAGAAAUCUACCAUGCUAUAUAACAAGUUCAAGACCAUGUUCCUGGUUGGGGAGGGAGAUUCUGUCCUUUCCCAAGUACUGAAUAAAUCGCUUGCUGAGCAGAAGCAGCACGAGGAAGCCAACAAAACCAAAGAACAGUGGAAGAAAGGAACAAACAAAAAAACAGAGAAGGAAAAGGACCAAACAGGUUCAAAGGUUCUGAAUGGCGGGUCUGAAGCUCAAGACACCAGCCAGUCACAACACAACGGAGAGAACACUGAUGACAAGAAAGACAAGCAUGAUGUUGGCAGUAAGAAAAAGUGA